UAUUCACAAUUGUUGACGAUUUUAUCCUGAAAAUGUUGAUUCUUGUGAUUUUUUCCUGCCUAACUUCUGGCGCUUUCGCUCAAUAUCAAUCAUCAGCAUCAUCCUGCAGUAAAGCUUCUUCGAGAGCAUCAGCUUUAACUUACACGAAGCCACCUCUUGUGACUCAGGGUCAUUGUCCUGUUAUAGCUGUCGAUCGAGUUGACUUUAACAGGCAUUGUGGAAUAUGGUACGAAGUCCAACGCAGCGCUAAUAGCUACGAUAGUUCGGAUGAAUGUCAAAAAAUGCUGUGGGGUAAACCAGUUAACAAUGUUUCACGAAUCAUAACCAAGAGUUCUUCUACUUCGGGGUCCUUCACCUCAACAACGGUUGCCCACGUGGCGCAAAAUGAUGCAGGAACGGGUUUUUCCUACCAGCUUCCAACGAUAGGCCAGCUUUCUAAACAAUACUAUGGUGUUGGUUUCAAUUACGUAGAUUACACGAUAGUCUGGGCGUGCGAAAAUCGCGAAAACGGACACGUUGAACAGGCCUGGGUGUUUUCACGAGAACCAGCACAGCCUUAUAACAUCAAUGCGUUGAUGAAAGACGCAUUUGCGAGAUAUAAUCUCACAAUUCCAGAAAUGGUAAAGAUUGAUCUUGCAAGGUGUUGCCGAAUUUAUUCUUCUUUCGAUUUAGAUAGUUAA